UCACCAGCUUCCCCAGCUUUCUUUCCCGGCUUCUUCCCGGCCGUGACAUGCACGGCUUGACGUAGACAUAGACGACCCCUGCAGCUGCACUGGCGCCCCUCUCCACUGAGAACCCGCCGCCCGCAUAUAAAGCCGGCCGGGGCGUGCGCUGCGAUAUACUCUAUUGCAAGCGAGGCACGCACGCACGCACGAACGUCUAGCUAGGUAGAUACAGAGAGAAGGGGUCCGGGGUCCGGAUUGUGCCGUAUAUGGUGCUGAGUGCUCACGCCAUGGAGAGCGUGCGCUUCUUCGAGUGGCUCAGGCCGCGGUCGCCCACAUCCUCCUCGUCGUCGUCGUCGGUGCUCUCAUCGACGCCGUCGAGAGAUCGCCUGGUGCCCGGUGAAGACCCAAGCACCAUGCUGUGCUUGCCGCUCCUCGGCAGGGUCGGGGCUGGGGAGAAGACGACGACGAGCACCACUGGUGGUAUCCCUGUUGCUGCUGGCGCGCAGACAAGCCCUAUCAAAGAAGAGGUGAGCGGUAUCACGGAAGACGCCGGUGUUGACCUCAACAUCGGCUUGCCUGCCAGUCGCUGGUAUAGUUCUGAAGAAGAGGUGCCGCCCAUGGCCAUGGCCAUGGAUGAGGAGGAGGAGGACGAGGAGGAGGAGGAAGAGGUGGAGACGGAGGAGGAAGAUGAGAAGCCAAGGUACGAGUACGACAGGUGCAAGGUGGAAACAGGCGUGCACGUUGAACACGGUGAGAUGCUGGUGGAGUCAGUGGAGGGGUCAGAUGACCACGUAUCAGUGGACGGGGAAGAGAGCAGCGGCUGCCGCCACCGCCGGUUCUGGAUCCCGACGCCGGCGCAGAUACUCAUCGGCGCGGUGCAGUUCGUCUGCCACGUAUGCAGCAAGACCUUCAAUAGAUACAACAACAUGCAGAUGCACAUGUGGGGCCACGGGCGGGAGUACCGGAAGGGCCCGGAGUCGCUCAAGGGCGCGGCGGGGCAGCCGACCCACGCGGCGGCGCUGGCGCUGCUGCGGCUGCCGUGCUACUGCUGCGCGGCGGGGUGCCGGAACAACGUGGCCCACCCGCGCGCGCGGCCGCUCAAGGACUUCCGCACGCUGCAGACGCACUACCGGCGCAAGCACGGGGCCAAGCCCUUCGCCUGCCGCCGCUGCGCCAAGCCCUUCGCCGUCAAGGGCGACUGGCGCACGCACGAGAAGAACUGCGGCAAGCGAUGGUUCUGCGCCUGCGGCUCCGACUUCAAGCACAAGCGCUCCCUCAACGACCACGUCCGCUCCUUCGGCGGCGGCCACUUCCCCGUCGCCCCCGCCGACGCGCCCGCGCCGACGCCGACGCAGCAGCAGCGCAUCAUACGGUUCGAUCAGUGCCACGCCCGUGCGUGAUGCUGCUUGACGGAUGAAUGAAUUGACAGGGUUUAUUAAUUAAUUAUUGAUCGUCGAACCACCAUUAGCUAGCUUGUUUUGAGCACCUGCGAUUGGCAUAUACUCCAUAUAUAGACGUGUACGUACGUAGAAGCUUGGAACAUACCCGCGCGUUUAUACAAUAAUAAUAAGAUCAUAGAGGUUUGCCGUGAAGAUGAUAGCUAGGCUGUGAAGUAGCCGAAUUUUCUUUAGGAGGAGCUGCACAUACUGGCAGUUUGUGAGGGAGAAAAUUUGUCAGCUUCACAGGCCAAAGUAAUCUAAUGGCAGAUAUAGUAUGUAUCAAAUGUAAUAUCAAGCAUGCAUGAUUUCAAAUUGUAUGUGAUUAACGAGAUGGACUAUUUAAUCACUUGUUAACGUCUGACUGGUCGUUGAUCAUUAUUUAGGUGA